AUGCUGGAAGUUCAGCUGCUCAGAUUCAUCUCCUUCUUUGACGAAGCUGAGAACUGCUUCCAGCCGAACGCGAAUACUUUCUUUACACAACAAGAUUUGAUUGAUACACUUGUGGUUGAAAUUGAGGAAAAUGACGAUAUGGAUGAGCUCCGUGAGCUUAUAAGUGCUCUCUUUGUGAUAGCACAUUCACUGGCAGCCCUACAGCUUGAUGACCGUUUCCUAGCCGUGCUUAGCGCUAUGUUCAUCUUUGACCCAAACAACGUGCUGGAGUCUUCGCAGAUGCCAUUGAUUUCGGCCGCAUAUGCUCGACUUGACGACAUGCUGCAUGUGCUAAACGACGAGGCCAGCGAUGGCACGAGUACGACACGAGCAUUUGCGCGACUUAUGACGACUGUGACGGCUUUUCGGCGCAUAUGCCGCCGUCUAACUCAACAUUUCAGCCCUCAAAAUUUGACGCUUUUUGAAAAGUUGCUCGCGAUUUAA